CGCCGGGCCGGGACCGCUGUGCGCCCGCGGCGUGAGGCGUGGGAGGGAGGGCGGCCCGUCAGCCGCGGCGCCGCCCGGUCGUCGUCCGCUUUCGCCUGCAGGCGCCGCCGCGGUCGGAGUUCUCUGUGACUGCUAUGGAAAGAAGAAAGAGAAAGGAGGAGUGUUUGUAAAUCUUCGUGCGACUUCCUCACGGGAUCUUGGUGGCCUUCUGAACUGUGAACAGACUGAGGUUCAGGAUGGUGAAAUGACUCUUUCUUUGUCCCAUGGGUAGAACUGGGGCUCCUUUGCAUCUUCCAGUUGCAAAUUCAGUGCCUUCCUCAACUUCCCCAGAGCUCCUCCAGAGUAACGGAAGGGAGGUAUGGUAAUUGUCACGAAGCUUGGCUGGGAAAACAAGUAAUACCAGUACCAUCACCUUUUGGAGUAUGUUGUGUUUUGAGACCUGUUGUCUGUUUGUCUUCAGAAGGUUGGAAACGAAAACAAAGCUGGUCAUUUACCACUGAUGGUUUGAAGAACAGGGGUCUAAAUUAUACAAAAUAUGACAGAUACCUAGCAUCUAGCAAAAGAAUGGCAGCUGCUUACCUUGACCCAAACUUGAAUCACACACCGAGUUCAAGUACCAAGACUCACCUGGGUACUGGAGUGGAGCGUUCUCCUGGGGCCAUGGAGCGAGUAUUAAAGGUCUUUCAUUAUUUUGAAAGCAACAGUGAGCCAACCACUUGGGCCAGUAUUAUCAGGCAUGGAGAUGCAACCGAUGUCAGGGGCAUCAUUCAGAAGAUAGUGGACAGUCACAAAGUAAAGCACGUGGCCUGCUAUGGAUUUCGCCUGAGUCACCUGCGGUCAGAGGAGGUUCACUGGCUCCAUUUGGAUAUGGGUGUCUCCAAUGUGAGGGAGAAGUAUGAACUUGCCCACCCACCAGAGGAGUGGAAAUAUGAAUUGAGAAUUCGUUAUUUGCCAAAAGGAUUUCUAAACCAGUUUACUGAAGACAAGCCAACUUUGAAUUUCUUCUAUCAACAGGUGAAGAGCGAUUAUAUGUUAGAGAUCGCUGACCAAGUGGACCAGGACAUUGCACUUAAGUUGGGUUGUCUAGAAAUACGGCGAUCGUACUGGGAGAUGCGCGGCAACGCCCUGGAGAAGAAGUCUAACUACGAAGUGCUGGAGAAAGAUGUUGGUUUGAAGCGGUUUUUCCCUAGGAGUUUACUGGAUUCAGUCAAGGCCAAAACACUAAGAAAAUUGAUCCAACAAACAUUUAGACAGUUUGCCAACCUUAACAGAGAAGAAAGUAUUUUGAAGUUCUUUGAGAUCCUCUCCCCAGUGUACAGAUUUGAUAAAGAAUGCUUCAAGUGUGCCCUUGGUUCAAGCUGGAUUAUUUCAGUAGAGCUGGCGAUUGGCCCCGAGGAAGGAAUCAGUUACCUCACAGACAAAGGCUGCAAUCCCACACACCUGGCUGACUUCAACCAAGUGCAGACCAUCCAGUACUCAAACAGUGAAGACAAGGACAGGAAAGGCACGCUGCAGCUGAAGAUCGCAGGGGCGCCCGAGCCCCUGACGGUCACGGCCCCGUCCCUGACCAUCGCCGAGAACAUGGCCGACCUGAUCGAUGGGUACUGCCGCCUGGUGCACGGGGCCACACAGUCCUUCAUCAUCCGGCCCCAGAAAGAAGGUGAGCGGGCUUUGCCAUCGAUACCAAAGCUGGCCAACAGUGAGAAGCAGGGCGUGCGCACCCAUGCGGUCUCCAUGUCAGAAACGGACGAUUAUGCUGAGAUCAUCGACGAAGAGGACACUUACACCAUGCCCUCCAAAAGCUAUGGAAUAGAUGAAGCCAGGGACUAUGAGAUUCAGAGAGAAAGAAUAGAACUCGGCCGGUGCAUCGGAGAGGGCCAGUUUGGAGACGUGCACCAGGGCACCUACACGAGCCCGGAGAAUCCAGCUUUGGCGGUUGCAAUUAAAACAUGUAAAAACUGUACUUCGGACAGCGUAAGAGAGAAAUUCCUUCAAGAAGCCUUAACGAUGCGUCAGUUUGACCACCCUCACAUUGUGAAGCUGAUUGGAGUCAUCACAGAGAACCCCGUCUGGAUCAUCAUGGAGCUGUGCACACUUGGAGAGUUGCGGUCAUUUCUGCAAGUAAGGAAAUACAGUUUGGAUCUAGCGUCUUUGAUCCUAUAUGCCUAUCAGCUUAGUACAGCCCUUGCAUAUCUGGAGAGUAAAAGAUUUGUACACAGGGACAUUGCUGCUCGGAACGUUCUGGUGUCCUCAAAUGAUUGUGUAAAAUUAGGAGACUUUGGAUUAUCCCGAUAUAUGGAAGAUAGUACUUACUACAAAGCUUCCAAAGGAAAAUUGCCUAUUAAAUGGAUGGCUCCUGAGUCAAUCAAUUUUCGACGUUUUACCUCAGCUAGUGAUGUGUGGAUGUUUGGUGUGUGUAUGUGGGAAAUUCUGAUGCAUGGUGUGAAGCCCUUUCAAGGCGUGAAGAACAAUGACGUGAUUGGGCGCAUCGAGAAUGGGGAGAGGCUGCCCAUGCCUCCCAACUGCCCUCCCACCCUCUACAGCCUCAUGACCAAGUGCUGGGCGUACGACCCCAGCCGGCGGCCCCGUUUCACUGAGCUCAAGGCUCAGCUCAGCACAAUCCUGGAGGAAGAGAAGGUCCAGCAAGAAGAGCGCAUGAGGAUGGAGUCCAGAAGGCAGGUCACCGCAUCCUGGGACUCCGGAGGGCCCGACGAAGCACCGCCCAAGCCCAGCAGACCUGGUUAUCCCAGUCCGAGGUCCAGUGAAGGAUUUUAUCCCAGCCCACAGCACAUGGCUCAGACCAAUCACUACCAGGUCUCUGGCUACCCUGGCCCACAUGGAGUCACAGCCAUGGCUGGCAGCAUCUACCCAGGUCAGGCAUCUCUCUUGGACCAAACAGAUUCGUGGAAUCACAGACCACAGGAGAUACCCAUGUGGCAGCCCAGCGUGGAGGACUCAGCGGCACUGGACCUGCGUGGCCUCGGGCAGGCGCUGCCCACGCACCUGAUGGAGGAGCGGCUGAUGCGGCAGCAGCAGGAGAUGGAGGAGGACCAGCGUUGGCUGGAGAAGGAGGAGAGGUUUCUGAAACCUGACGUGCGGCUCUCUCGAGGCAGCAUCGACAGGGAGGACGGAGGUCCUCAGGGCCCGACUGGCAACCAGCACAUAUAUCAGCCUGUGGGCAAACCAGAUCCUGCAGCGCCACCAAAGAAGCCGCCGCGUCCCGGAGCCCCCGGGCACCUGGGCAGCCUGGCCAGCCUCGGCAGCCCCGGGGACAGUUACAACGAGGGAGUCAAGCUUCAGCCCCAGGAGAUCAGCCCCCCUCCCACCGCCAACCUGGACCGGUCCAACGACAGGGUGUAUGAGAACGUGACGGGCCUGGUGAGAGCGGUCAUCGAGAUGUCCAGCAAGAUCCAGCCUGCCCCGCCAGAGGAGUACGUCCCCAUGGUGAAGGAAGUCGGUCUGGCCCUGAGGACGCUGUUGGCCACGGUGGAUGAGACCAUCCCUGUCCUGCCUGCCAGCACCCACCGAGAGAUCGAGAUGGCCCAGAAGCUGCUGAACUCUGACCUGGGGGAGCUCAUCAACAAGAUGAAACUGGCCCAGCAGUACGUCAUGACCAGCCUGCAGCAGGAGUACAAGAAGCAGAUGCUGACGGCCGCACACGCGCUGGCUGUGGAUGCCAAGAACCUGCUCGACGUCAUCGACCAGGCCAGACUGAAGGGCCUGGGGCAGCCGAGGCCGCACUGAGCGCGGGCCUGCCCCGCCCCCACCAGCAGCGAGGCCCAGCCUGGCCGGCACCGACAGCAUUUGACUGACGGCUGCUUGAAAAUCUCACAUAAGUUUAACUGCGUUCUGAUUUGGGUUGUUUUUGUUUCGGCUCUUUAAUCAUGGUGUUCAGAUAAGUCCGGGAUCCACAGUGUGGCGUUCUUCUGAGAGUAAAAGUUGUAUGUGAGAAGCUCUUAAAGAAUGAUGAAGGACAGGCUGUGCUCGUGUCAGGAUAUGCUUUCGUGGAAACAGCCAAGGUGGUGACACGCUGAUUCCUGAACUGGCCAGACCUCGCUUUGGAAGAAGAGGAGGAAGCGGAGGGUUCCAGGAACCAUGGGGCUGAGAAGCCCUUUGCCAACCGCAGACUUGCGAUCCAGACUGGAAUUUUUGUCGUCAGAACACUCUACAGUUGCAAUAUGCUAAUACCACUUUACAGAGGAAGAAUAUAAAAGCUAUAUUUUGAAGACUUGAGUCAUUUCAGAAAAAAAAAAAAACUACAACUCUCUCCUCCUUCCUGCCUUUCACUUUCAUGUGGGUGUGUGAAACAUUUGGUUGGAAACUAGCUGUAGAACACACUAAAAACUUUUGUCUUUUUUCACCAGAAUAAUGUGCCAGUUUUUUGUAGCGAUGUUAUUUCUCUCGGAAGCAGAAAUGCUUUGUACCAGAGCACCUCCAAACUGCAUUGAGAAGAAGUUCUGGAACCAUCCCUGUUUUCCAUUUUUAUAUAAUUUAUAAAGAAAAAUUAAAGCCAUGUUGACUAUUUUACAGCCACUGGAGUUAACUAACCCUUCAUUGUGUCUGUCUUCCCAGGAGAGAAUUGGGCGAAACGGAGAUUUGGUUUCCCUUUGAUGUCCAGUUUUACCAUCCAUUCUGUUAAAUAAUUUUGAAAAAUACACCCUCCGUUUAGUUUGUUGGGGGAUAUAAAUUAUUCUCAGGAAGAAUAUAAUGAACUGUACAGUUACUUUGACCUAUUAAAAAGGUGUUGCCAGUAAA